CCUUAGCCUCACCUAAAUCCGUAAACCGGCGUCGGACCUCCGACGAGAUCGGCGGAAAUGAGGUUUCGCUCUUUUUUCCGGGCAUCGCAGAUCAAGGCCUCGUCGCUGCUCUUCCGCCGAUUGUAUUCCCAUUCAAGGCCGCAAGGACGGAGGCCAUCCUUUGGUAUUGCGUUCGACAUUGACGGUGUUAUCAUUCGAGGCGGUGAUCCCAUUGGCGGUUCUCCUCAGGCAUUGAGCAGACUAUAUGCCGAGGACGGCAGCUUGAAGAUUCCAUAUAUAUUCUUAACCAAUGGUGGUGGAGUUCCGGAAUCUAAACGAGCUUGUGAAUUAAGUGGGCUUUUGGGGGUUCAAAUUUCACCCUUGCAGGUUGUUCUAGGGCAUUCACCUUUCCGAAAUCUGCUGAGCAGAUUUGAGAAUGACCUUAUUGUAGCUGUUGGUAAAGGGGAGCCUGCUAAAGUGAUGUUGGAAUAUGGGUUCAAAAAAGUUCUUUCUAUUGAUGACUAUGCAUCAUUUUUAAAGGACAUUGACCCCCUGUCUCAGUACAAAAGUUGGAGAAUUAAUCAAAUUUACGAAAUUACAAAAAACGUUGAUGAAUUGCACUCUAGUCUCAAUGUUGACUCAGAUGCUGUAAAAGCGACGUUUAUUGUCAGUGAUCCUGUUGACUGGGGAAGAGAUAUUCAGGUUCUUUGUGACAUUUUAAGCUGCGGCGGUCUCCCCGGUAAAGCAAAAGGACACCAACCUGCUUUAUAUUUUGCAUCAGAUGAUCUACAGUAUCAGGCUGCAUUUCCUUCUGAACGCUUGGGAAUGGGUGCUUUCAGAAUAGCACUGGAAAGCAUCUUCAAUAGAGUUAAUAACAGACCUCUGCAUUAUACAUCUUUUGGAAAACCAAAUCCUUUUGUAUUCAAGAAUGCAGAAUCGGUUUUGAUGAGAGUUGCAUCCACCAUAUGUGGCGAACUGGAUAUUGUGGAUGACACGAAGGAAAACCAGUUUCGUUCUAUCUACAUGAUCGGUGAUAAUCCGAUCGUCGACAUCGACGGUGCUGCUGAGGCAGGGCGUCCUUGGUUCUCCAUACUAACAAGAACUGGAGUUUUUAAGGGUAGAGACAACCACCAAGAUUAUCCUGCAGAUUUGGUAGUAGAAAACGUUCAGGAGGCUGUGGAGUUUAUUCUGAAGAAAGAAGCCUUGUGAUCAGCUUUAAAUACAAUGAGUCAUUUUCAUUCCAUGGUCAAAGGUACUGCCUUUCUCCUGAUAUAUAAAAAGAGCAAUUAAGUUAUAAAUUCUGAUACAAUCCUCUUUUUUUGUUUAACAUUUGCAAGGAUAUAAUGCUUAAUUCUUAUGUAUUUGUAUCCAGCAAUUAUCUCCCAAUUAUCAAUGCUCAAUAAAAUUCUAAUCCAUUAUCUAACAUUGAAACUUGUUA